GUUAGUGUUCAGGAUGACAGCUGAACGGGUCGUAAAGGUAGAGCAACGCAGUCUCUACCAUUAACAACAAUCAUCACAAACUCGAGUUUAACAGAGAGGACAGACACAUUUCACGGUGUGACACAUUUUUAUACCACCGGCGGAACUGUUUGAGUGUACCGGAGGACGGUAAUUGUUAACCUUGCGGAUAUUUGUAGUUCUUUUUCAGGAAGAGAGAGAAAGAUCCGUGUCCGGAUGUGCCAGCAGUAUUGGGUUUUUCGCAUGGCGUAGGCACCUUUUCUAAAGCAGGACAUUCUUCAUGUUUGGAGGGUCGCAGGAGGCCCUCGGGUCGAGAGUUUAUCCCGCUUUUAACAUUAACUACACCUCUGAAAUAACCAACUUGUGAGGAAAUGAUCAACGAGAUGAUUGUGCAAUAAGAGAAAGAAGCGUCGUAACACGUCUUGCCUCAGUGUUGUCACUGUGGAGAGAGCAAUUCACCGGAAUACAUUGUUUUUUUGUUUCCUGGUCGAAACCCCAACAACAAACGUUUCUUUGAGCUCUAACAAGGGAGAGAAAAAAGAGAGGGGAUAUUGUGUGUGAAGCCCUCCAAGGACCGGGAAAACCUUCACGAUGACGAGCAGCACCCCAGCGGACAUGAUAAACCUGCGGCUCAUUUUAGUCAGCGGGAAGACGAAAGAGUUCCUCUUCUCUCCCAACGACUCAGCAGCAGACAUUGCCAAACACGUGUAUGACAACUGGCCGAUGGACUGGGAGGAAGAGCAGGUCAGCAGUCCUAACAUCCUGAGGCUGAUCUACCAGGGCCGCUUUCUCCACGGCAACGUAACACUAGGAGCUCUCAAACUGCCCUUGGGGAAGACCACAGUGAUGCAUUUAGUUGCCAGAGAGACUUUGCCUGAGCCAAAUUCCCAAGGUCAGAGGAAUAGAGAGAAGACCGGGGAGAGUAACUGCUGUGUCAUUCUGUAAAUACACACCACUGCCGCCGGCCCUCCAUCCUUCUCAUCCGAUCUCUCCCUCAACAUCCUGGACCUAAUGAGUGUGUCCCCUGUCCUGGAGCCUGUCCACAGUGCGGAUAUGCGUACAGACAAACACGCGCACACCCUUCUCUAUUUCUUUUGAUCCCCUUCUCUCUCUCUCACACACACACACACACACACACACACACACACACACAUACACAUACACAUACACAUACACAUACACAUACACAUACACAUACACAUACACAUAUAUAUAUAUAGAAAGACAGCAGGCUCUGGCUGAUUCAGGACACAGAGUUGAGAGCAGGAAAUUGAUUAACAAUAGAGUUGAUUCCUUUGUUGUACUUGAUUUGUUGUCAUAACUGAAAAUGUGUGGAAGGAACUGGAUUUGCAUGUGUUUUUUUCCCUUUUUCUUUUCUUAAUGCACACCUUUUUAAGCCUUCUGCAACACACUUGUACACACGCAUACAAGCAACAGACACACACACUUUGUCUAGCCCCCCUUGGCCGGUGUGUCAAAAGUCCUUUACUAACUGGCUCCUCAUUCCAGCUGGUUGUCAUAGUAAUGUGUGUGGCAUUGUUUUCUCAUACAGACCACUGAGAAUUUUAACCACUGACAACUCGCCAACACACCAACACAUGUAUACACACAAACACACAUACACACACACACGCACACACACACACACACACACACACACACACACACACACACACACACACACACACACACACACACUAUGACAUCCUGUAUACACAUCCUACCAUAUGUGCUUGUGUGAUCUCCCUCGGUGCAGCAGACUUAGACGUGCCUGAUCAGAAAACUCAAACCAGGACACACAAACACACAUAUAUAGACACACCGGUGUCCUUUUUACUGCCCUCAUCUGCCCUUAAAGGUCACAAGAGAGAAAUUAUUCCUUUUUGUCUGCAGGGCGCUGUAGAGACCGAUGCAUCCUACUCUUUCACUCGUCAUAUUCUUAGCCAAACAAAGCCUAACAAACAGACAAAUAGACAAACAACCAUUGUUGGUGGUGUUGUUUUGGUUAUUUGUUUGUCCAUGACAUUUGUGACUGUGUUUUGACAGUCCAUGCAUAUUACUGACCGCCCAGUGUUGUAAAAAAAUGAAACGUCAUGUCAGUUACCUUCCCUCCCUGAUGCACCAUCCCCUCUCUCUGUGAGGAAAGGCUCAUUGUGCUUCUUUUCUAACAGUGUUGUGAAGGAUCUCUACGACAAAUUGCUCUUGAGCAGGGAAAUGAGCUCGGAAUGAAAUUGUUCCUUAUUCGUCUUAAUUCGCUUCUUACUCUUUCCUUGAUUCUCUCUCUCUGCAUUAAUACAGUAAGUCCAUUUUGCACAACGGAAGCAUGUGCUCCUUCAUCAGAUUAAUUCAAAUGUAUAAAAAGUUUUAUUGUUUUAUUUUAUAUUUUUCCAAUGGAAGUAAUGUUCCAAACUAAGGUAACGUGUAGAUUAUAUUUAAUAUGAAUCUUAUAUAGAACAUGAUGACUUUAGAUCUUGUUGAUAUACAGUAUAUUGGUGUUUAGUCCAUGAUUGUGUAUAUGGUUAGCUUCUAGCCAGUUCACUGUCACUCGCUGACAAUGUCUUGUGCUUAACAGCAACACCUCCCUAAUCAUCGACGGACUGUAUUUUUAUUUUCUCUUUUAUUAUUUUUUCAUUUGUUUAUAAUUUAAUGUAAUCCUUUUUUUCUUUGUGAGUUUUUUUGCUUUAAAGAAUCGCUUUGUAACAGCACUAGGUCUUAAAAAAAAAUGUAUUGUUUAUAUUGAUCAGGGUUCAAAUCUGUACAGAGAUAAAAGUUUUCAAACCAAUUGUAAAUAGCACUAAUGCUCCUUCUCCCCCAUUCAAACUUCAAAAUGGAAUACAUCUGUAAACAAAAUAAAGGUUAUUGAAGUGCA